AUGACCCUUACUCGCGAGCAGCAGAUCAAGGAAUACGGCUGGAUUGCGCUUUCCUGCGACCCAAAAGUCUGGGGUGGCACGAAGUCAUUCAACAAGGAGCCUGUUCCUCAGCUCUGCAAAGAUGUCCCUCUACCUAACACCCCCCUUGUAAAUGCUGCUAUGGAGUAUGUUAGGAAGGAACUUCCUGACUACACCUUUAACCACAGCAUGCGUGUCUUCUACUAUGGCAUGGCCAUCACAUCUCAGCAAUUUCCUAAAUGGGAAUUCAGUACCGAGACAUGGCUUCUGACUUGCCUCUUCCACGACAUUGGAACUAUCGACAAGCACACUCACGGCACCCUUAUGUCUUUUGAGUUUUACGGUGGUUUCCUUGCUUUGCAGAAGUUAAAGGAGCUCAACGGACCUAUUGCCCAGGCCGAGAGUGUCAGCGAGGCUAUAAUCCGUCACCAGGAUCCCGUUGAAGUCGGCAGCAUUAACACCAUCGGCUUGCUUAUUCAGCUCGCUACUCAAUAUGGUCAGUUUGACCUUUCCCCCUCCUUGCUUUGCUGCGUUAAUUAUUCUUGUCUCUACUCUGGAGAUCUGGCCAUGUUAAUAUCGUAUCAUAAUAUAGACAACAUGGGCUACCGACCCGGGUACAUCCACCCCGAUACAGUCAAAGACGUCGUCUCUCACUACCCUCGUCGCAACUGGUCCAAGUGCUUCACGAAGAAGAUCAGAGAAGAAGUUACGAUAAAGCCGUGGUGCCAUACUACUGCCUCGGAAGAGAAGUUUCCCCAUGAUGUCGAACACAACGCCCUUAUGGAACCUUAUGAUUCCUUGCAUUAA